AUGCUGAAGUAAUGUCACUUAACCCUAAAAAUGAUUUGGCGUUCGAAUAGAAAGGUAAAUUUAUUUUUAUUCAGGUUUCAUUCUAGUUCUUUAGUCCAAAAUACUUAAAAAUACAAAAAUUAGAGAAAAUAUGGAUGCACUUCAAAAUUUGAACAAGCCCUUAAAAUAAAACUAAUGCUCUUAGAUUAAAAUAUAAAGGUAAAUUAAAAUUUAAUUUAAUUUUAGCUGAUUCAUUAUUAGAAUUAUAAAGAAAAUCAGAAGCUAAAUUUUAUUUUGUUGCAUUGGAAAUGGGUUUGGCUUAGAAUGUUUAUAUUAAAGGCCAACUAUAAAAGUUAUGAAGCAUUAUCAUAUUCGUAUCAGUAUAUAAGAUUAAUAAUACACACUCUAUAUUUAUUAAUUUUUGUUGUUAUAAUUACAAAAAAAGGGAUGUACUUAAAUUAUACUCUUUUAGUGUUACUCUCCAUCUUAAAGGAUACAAUUUUAGUGACUCCUACUUAAGAGUGAUAUUGAUCUUGGAGCUGUUAUGUAAGCCAAAUUUGAUAAUACCUGAUUAACAAUUAGAUUUGAAUGUAGUUUUGUUUAGAAAAAUAUCUGGUCUCCUAUAUUUUAUUUAUUAAUAGAGAUAAAAACUUAAAAUGAUUAGAGAGAAUCUCAGUCAUUCCAAAGAGAGAUAUUUAGAGAGUUUUAAUUGCUUUCUAAAGUGGCAAGAUUUUGAAAACUCUUUAUUCUUCAUAAUAUAAGUUUUAUUCAUUUUGGAGAGCAAUAGUCAAGUUGAGAUUCUACAAGAGAAUUUGAUAAAACUAAGAAAUCCUAAACCAAUAAAGAGAUAAAGGAACCAGAAAUAAAUGUUCAAAUUUCAAGGAUAUGCGUCGAAAACAUAAACAGAGUUCAGUUCAUGGGAUGCUACUAAUAUUUAUAUUAAUCAAGCAUAACUAAUUAUACUGAAUUGUCAAAAUGCAGAUCUUUUGAAAAUUUUCUGA